AUGUCCAGCGACAAAGAGACACAACGGCGCCAGAACACUGGCUUGUCAAGCCUGCCAAGUGCCGUUCUCCACGUCAUUCUUCGAGCGACCGAGCACGGAGAGGAUGUUGCCGCCUUGCUCAGCGCACUGCCGCCGUUGACGCUACCACCUGAGCUGGUUGCACUCCGAGACCUCGGUGCCGUUGUCGACCUCGCUCACCACUGGCCGGUCGUGCGCGUGACCGAGAUUCCCAUCGAGCAUGCGCACCUUGGUGUGGCAGCGCUACCUGCGCUACAAGGCCUUUACAUUGAACCUGGUUUUGCCGCGCUUGCGUGGCUGGAUGCCACCUUGCCGCCAACAAUACCCGUGGCGCUCGUCGUGGACCCGACUGUCUCGGGCGUGCUCAGCGCCUUUGCGUACAAAUGGGGCGAUCGCAUUACCCAUGUCAUUAUCAAGGAUCAUGAGGUGCACCCAGACCCGAUCCCCGACAUCCUCGGACGCUGCGUCACCGUCUCGCAUGCUGCGAUCGAGAGCACCAAGACUCAAGUCGCCGCAGCUGCGUACUUGGCGGUCCUUCCGAUGCAUCACUUGUCUGUGCUCGAGGUGAGUGCCGCCAAGGCACAGCUGGACGCAUUGGACGUCGCCGCCAUUGCUUUCUGGCUUCAGGGACCCAGUGCUACGUCGUUCUCUCUCGCCUGCACCUCUGUGAGUGACCCGACGGCGCUGGCGAGCGCGAUCCAAGCGAGUUCAACACUCUCUUUGUUGACGCUGGACGGUGUUUUGGACGUCCAGGCGGCGUUGGUGACAUUGCCAUCGACCUUGCACCACAUUACCGCGCUCUCGUUGCGCCAAUCGUCAGGUCUGUAUGACGUGCCCACGCAUGUCCUCCUUGGAAAGCUCGAUCGAACCAAGGUCGUCUCGUUUGCACUCGAAAACAACAAUGCUCAAGCGGUUCGCUUGCACGAUGUCGCCAGCGUCUUUAUGACGUGCCCCUCGCUCGAAUCCGUGCAGCUUGUCAACUGGAGACUUCCAGCGGUGUCGACAACUGGUGGUGCUUGUCCAUGCCUUGCUAGCUUCACGCUGCGCCAAGUUCAAUUUGAUGGCGUGGAGAGCAUGUCCAAGAUGAUGCGCUGGCUCUCGACGUCGCGCUGCCUCGCGUCGGUGGACUUUAGUUACACGCGCCUUGGGACGAAGGACAUCUUGGAGCUGGCACGGGCGCUACCUCUCUGGAUGGCUUCUGGACUCAAGGAGCUGCAGCUUGCUGCGACGGGGCUCGGAAACGUUGACAUGACCGUCUUUGUUGUCGCCCUCGCCGCGGGUCGCAACCGAUGGCGACUGACGAUUGACAUGUCCAGAAAUGAUUUCGCGAUAGAAGCGGUGUCGGUGCUACUGACAACGCUGGGGGCCUGCCGCGACGUCGCGCUGGUUUUCGGCUCAACUUCGUUUGUUUCGCCUACAGCCUUAGACCUCGUGCAGGAGCACAAGCUCGAACAACCUGUGAAAGGCACGUAUACGUCGCCACCUCGCACCUCGUCGCCGUGGCAUGCACACUAA